AUGGCCGAGGAUGGGGAGAGUCCGCUCUCCUUCUCCAAAUGCUCUCACAUGGCCACGCAUAUACAGCCACUAUCACGCAAGUCCUACUCACUGUAUUCUCACAGCGCGAUUGUUGUUUACGAAACUGAGAGGACGAAAAAUCAAUAUGAAUUAACUGUUCAAAUGGAAAAUCAUGGUGUCGUGUUUGAAAAAUUAAUUGAAUGCCAAAGAAUAUAUUAUGAGAGUGAAAAAGGAAUAACUGUGUUCACUGGUUCAAUACUGAAAGAAAACUACACUGAACUUAUAGAUUGUUUUCAGGGACAAAUCAAACAGUAUCAAAAAGAAAGAGAUAGUCGUGUUGAUUUUGCGUGUUACAACAAUAUACCAGUAGAACUUUUUCAAAGUAAUAACAUUUUACAAAAUUUAUUUUUAAUUUUACAUUAUAAAAGAGGUUUAUUUGUGAACUAUAUUGUAGUAGUUUUAUUCAUCAGUAUGCAAAUAUAUUUAAAUUUAACUGAACGAUGA